AUGGCGCUAAACGUCUUCCGUGUUGCGGGGGAUUUCUCGCAUCUGGCGAGUAUCCUGAUACUGCUGCACAAGAUGGUGCAGCUCAAGAGCUGUUCCGGCAUCUCCUUCAAGUCGCAAGGGCUGUACCUCCUCGUCUACCUCACCAGAUAUCUCGAUCUCUUCUCGACCGACAACCUCUACAACCUCGUCUUCAAGAUCCUCUUCAUCGGCUCGCAGGGUUACAUCAUCUACCUCAUGACCAACGCCUACAAGCCCACCAACGCCGCCAACCUCGACACCUUCCGCGUCCAGUACCUCCUCGCCGGCGCUGCCGUGCUCGCGAUCCUCUUCCCCGUCAAGUACACGCCGUCCGAGAUCCUGUGGGCCUUUUCCAUCUGGCUCGAGUCUGUGGCCAUCCUCCCGCAGCUGUUUAUGUUGCAGCGCACCGGCGAGGCCGAGACCAUCACGACCCAUUACCUCUUCGCACUCGGCAGCUACCGCGCCCUCUACAUUCCGAACUGGAUCUACCGCUACCUUGCCGAUCCCAAGUAUAAGGUUGACUGGAUCGCCAUCAUCGCCGGUAUCAUUCAGACGGUCCUCUACAGCGACUUUUUCUACAUUUACUACACCAAGGUUCUCAAGGGCAAGAAAUUCAAGCUGCCCGUUUAAAGGAAUAGCAUCCUACUGGGUGCUCAGCGGGGGAGAGACGAGUGAUGGUCUGUCGUGACACAGCACGGAACAAGCCAUCACGGACAGUAUGCUUAGGGGAUGAC